AUGGAGCAGAUAUGGAUCUGCUUCACAUUGCUCUCUGCUAUCUGUAUUCAAGGUAAGGUUCUAUUGAAAUGUUAUGUGCAUCAAUUAUAACUCAAGAACGAUUAAGAAUCCACAUGUCCCUAAGCCGUUUAGUAGUCCUCCCCCCUUCUCUGUUUGUAUGUGUAUAGUGAAUGUUACCAUGCUUGGAAAAAUAUAUAUAUAUAGAUAGAUAGAUGUAAUCUAUGGUCCCCCCACACCCCACGUGUGGGCAUUGGGUGGGGGCUGCCUUAAAUAUUCAUGGGGAGGAUCUAGUGUCACCCAUGGGCAACAGCUUAGGGCCCUAAUACUAAUAACAAAUAGGGGACCAAGUGUCCUCCCCUGGCCCCACCCAUAGGUGUUGGGUGGGACCACAAUAUAAGUUAUACAUGUGUGAACUAGUGACCACCCCAGCUGCCAUCCAUGGAUGGCAAGUAGGAGCAAUAAUUAAUUAUAAAAUAGGUGGUGGACAUGCCAAUGUCCAACCCCCACCCCAAAUAAUAAACAUAUCCCCCCCUUCGGUGACUAGGGGUCCCCAAGUCACCCUCCUAAAAUACCCAUCAGAAGUAUUCUUUCUUCUAAUUAUUCUGCUCUUUAGCCCCAAAAGAGGUCAAAUUAAAAUCCAUAAUAACCAACUCUACUACGUAAAAUAAAAAAAGGCCAAUCAUUAAAAAAAAAAAUAGUUGUAAAAAUUGUAACCAUGCCACAAUAAAAAUGAAUCCACCUUCACCCAUGGUGGGCUCACCACAUAAUGAUCUCUGAUAGCUCUUAUAUAGGCUUUCCCACACUAUUACAAAGCAUGGGAAACUUAAUCAACAAUGUCUAGAUUUUAUUUUUAGAAUGACCCUGUGUCUCAAUGAUUUUGACCCAUUUGGUGCAAGGCUGUUUAGAUAUUAGAGAAUAACCCUGUUAAAAAAAAAAAUAAAGGGUCUGAAUACUUUCUGAAUGCACAAAUGGAUCCAGGCACUAAAGUUGAAUAGGCAGCAAGCCACUCUAUAGAAGAAUAAUACUUUUCAAAAUCUAAAAUCUUGAUUUCAAGGCUUUUUGCACAUUAUGUAUGUUUUUCAGUUUUUGCAUAAUCAUGGAUUUAGACUUGAUUACAUCCAAAAAACACAAGACAAUAAAAUAAAUCAUGAUUCUAAAUAUAUGUUAAUGUUCAAUAAAGUGGCAUACUGCCUAAUACAUUUUCACAUAGUGUGUUGAGUGCCAUGAUCCAUUUCUUCAUUUAUCUAGAAGGUUUUCUACUCAGCUUGGGAAAAUCCUGUUGCUACAUAAUUUGUUUAGAAUAAGUUACUUAAAAGGACACUAUAGUCACCCAGACCACUUUAGCUCAAUUAAGUGGUCUGGGUGCCAGGUCCCCCAGGUUUUAACCCUUCAGAUGUAAACAUAGCAGUUUCAGAGAAACUGCUAUGUUUACAUUGCAAGGUUAAUCCAACCUCUAGUAGCUUUCUUCCUGACAGCCGCCAGAGGCGCUUCUGCGACGCUGGAUGUGAAAUUCCCAUCCAGUGUGCAGAACACCCAUUGGAAAGCAUUGAGAAAUGCUUUCCUAUGGACUGUAUGAAUGCGCGGUUGGGCUUGCCGUGCAUGCGCAUUCCGCUCCACUCGGAAGCUGACGUUGGCGGGGGAGGAAAGGUCACCAGCGCCGAGGUGACCUUUCGCUGGAUUAAUCCGGCGCUGGAUUAAGGUAAACUGCUGAAGGGGUUUUAACCCUUCAGCGCCAAGUGAGGGGGACCCUGAGGGUAGUGGGUCCUAAGGAUGCUAUAGUGUCAGGAAAACAAGUUUGUUUUCCUGACACUAUAGUGAUUCUUUAAUAAAAAAUAGCACCAAUGUAACUGCCUGACAUUGGGGACAUUAACAUUUAUACUUGGUGUCCCUUCCCCCCUCCCCCACCUUCUUUCCCGCACCCCCUCCUACUACCUGUUCUUCACUUUUAUAAAUCUCCCCAAAGUUUCCCUAAACUAGCACUGUAUUUCCUUUAUUUGUAAUCACUGACUGGCAUAAUCUCUACCUAACAUUUGUUCCAUUAGACUGUCCUGCAUUCUUAAAUAGCACAAAGGAGUGUGGGCACACAGGCUUCAGCUUACAGUUCAGACAGCUGUGACUACAGCCAGAACACACAGGAUCACUGCAAUAAAUAAAUAAAUAAAUAUUUUCAUAAUAUGUAGCUUGAGGCUGAAGGAGGACGUCUAAUGUCUGCAUGGUUUCUUUAAUUAAUUAAUUCAAUUAAUCCGUACACCAUUAUGAUUACUCUCAGUGCUCCAAACUGUACUGCUGAUGAACAAGAAUACCUAUUUGCAUUGUAUAAAUAUAUCCAGCGAUUUGAAACGAUACAAGCAAGGAAUAUCUGGGAAUUUAGAAUGUUCAGUAACCUUUGUAAUAGAGAGUCAAGAAAACUUUGUAGCAAUAUGGCCUCAAUGCUACCAUAACUAAGUAACUAACAUUCAAUAUUGAAUCCCGGAUAAUGCUGAAAAGAGUAUUAAUUCACUAAAGACCACUAAAAUCGGCAGGUGAAAGAAGUAUGAAUAGGUAUCUGCAGCUGAGCUUAUCUAAAAAUAGAAACGCAGAUACGUGGUGCUCUCUACAUACUAUCACAUUUAUUAUAAUUAAGAUUAAAACACUUACAGGACCAGGAGAAUGUCAUUCCUUUGCAGGGGACACAGACCCUAUUAGAUGCCACUCAAAGCAAGUCUGUUUGAGUGAGGGCAAUGUUGGUGGUUUUGGCUACUGGCCGUUCUGCAUUCCUCACUGACAAUCCUAGUCUUGGUCCUGGAUUGAUACUUCACUUUAUGCGUAUCGUGAUUCAACCUUUACUGUCUCAGAAGUGGAAUGCUUAUCGAACAAAAUAACAAUAUUAUUAGUUAUUAUUUUGUGUUGGUGCACUAUAAAUAUUUACUGCUAUUGAGAAUUGUUUGCGAUUUUUUUAGCAUCUGCUCCUAGUCUAAUAUUCCCCUUUUUUUUUUAAAUCUAGUUAUUAUGAUGAGCAUAGCUGGCUUCCAUUCCAUAUUAACUAUUAUGAUUUUAAAUUUGAAAAUCCACAAAUUCUCACUUUAGUGAAUAACUAAUACAUAAUAAAUAGUGAAUAACCUGUGCAUAUAUGUUGUAUAUUCUAAUUAUGAAAGAGUCUAAAAAGAAUGUGUUUAGUCAAGUUGUACAUAGAUGCUCAAUAUGGAUUGACAUGACAUUCUCUACUCACAUUUUUGUUUGUGUUUCAUUUGCCCAGGUGCAUUUUCUGAAAGUGAAGAAGAGGAAUUGCUGAAUUAUCUAUUCGUUAAAAAAGGCUACAGAAAGGAUCUGAGACCAGUUGAAGAGAUAGAUAAACCAGUGGAUGUUUAUGUUGCUCUAAUGCUUUCAAACCUGAUCUCACUAGUAUGUUCAAAUGUUCUUAAAUGUUUAGGUACAAUCAGUGAUCCCUUAAUAGGUACACCUUUCUGAUAUUGGGUAGGAAUCAUAAAUAAAGGACCACUCUAGGCACCCAGACCACUUCAGCUUAAUGAAGUGGUCUGGGUGCCUGGUCCAGCUAGGGUUAACCCAUUUUUUAAUAAACAUAGCAGUUUCAGAGAAACUGCUAUGUUUAUGAAUGGGUUAAGCCUUCCCCUAUUUCCUCUAGUGGCUGUCUCAUUGACAGCCACUAGAGGCGCUUGCGUGCUUCUCACUGUGAUUUUCACAGUGAGAGCACGCCAGCGUCCAUAGGAAAGCAUUAUGAAUGCUUUCCUAUGGCUGAAUGCGCGCGCAGCUCUUGCCGCGCGUGCGCAUUCAGCCGACGGGGAGGAGAAGAGGAGGAGGGAGGAGAGAGCUCUCCGCCCAGCGCUGGAAAAGGUAAGUUUUAACCCCUUUCCCCUUUCCAGAGCCGGGCGGGAGGGGGACCCUGAGGGUGGGGGCACCCUCAGGGCACUAUAGUGCCAGGAAAACGAGUAUGUUUUCCUGGCACUAUAGUGGUCCUUUAAAAGAACACUAUAGCAAUAGGAAUACUCUUCCUAACUCUAUGGCGCCUUGGUCCCUAGAUAGAUUCAGGCCAACCCUUUCUCCCAUAUGCCAUAAAAUGGCCUUUUUCCAGGGUCAAGACUACCUUGGAGCUGCUUACCUCAUUGAAGAUGCAUCACUUCCUCCACCGCAUGUCCAAUCCAAUGCUCCUCAUAAUGGAACAUUGGGGAACUGAUGCGCAUGUGUGGUGUAACUUUCCAUGGGGUGUACUGUUGUGUUCAUGAGACAUUGCUGAACAUGUAUAAAAGGGCAGUUUUUGUGUGAAAAAUGCAAAAAACAAAUAUGAACACUAAUUUUGGCCUUGGGUUUUGACUAAGUAUCUACUAAAAUGACUGGACAUAUCCCAUUUUGAAUCCCCUGGGUUGUCUACUUUUGCAAAUGGCAAUGAUGGGGUAAGUUUUGUUCUAAGGCUGCCAUAUGGUCUCAAAGACAACAUAGACCUAGCAAAUCUAUCUGGAAAAUGUCAAUGUGUAUAAACUGAAAAGUGGAAAGCCUUAUAUUUGACCCUGUAACUUUUCAAAACCCCAUAAAGCCUGAACAUGAUACUUUUUUACUUGCGAGACAUCACUAAACACAAGAGCCCAACCAUGCUACAUGUGCUGAGAGUGAGAGCGUAAAUUGAAUAUGUAUAGAUAUUUUUUUUUUUUUUAUGGUGUCAGCACAUUUUUUUUGUUUUAAGAGUAGAUUAAAACAACAGAGAGUUAAAGUGUAGAAUAUGUGACUAGUUACAUCAGGAUAGGUAAAAUAUGUCAAGUCUGAGAUUAGGACCCAAGCUAAUAGAACAUAAGAAAAACAGCCUUGACAAAAUGAGGGACAUGUACAUAUUAAUGUUGCAGUAGAAGAGUAGAGAGAACAUUUUGCUAAAUAACAAAUUACACUGGGCAAGACAGUAUAUAGAAAAAAGAGCAUAUAUCUCCCAUUUCUGCUUAAUGUAGACUGUAUUAGCUAGCUAUCAACAUGCCCAGCCUAUCCCUGUCAUAAGAUGGGUGCUGGACUGGUGAGAUAACGUGGUAGAGUCGUCUGCAACUGCACCCCACCAACUCCUAGCCGGCAUACGGAUCAGGAUAUGGAGCCCACAAGUCCCUUGUGGAGCUGCUGAUACAACCUGAUGGUGUGCGUGGCUUUUUAAAGGGUGCCUUGAGUGUGGGUCAUCCGAGGAGGGCAGCAGUAUGUGUGGGUACCACCUCUUGUGAUCUAGGUAAGUAGCUCAGCUCAGCAAGACCUGGUCGUCUGCGGUGAAGCAUGCUCUGUGUCUUCCAUCUCUGCUUCCCCCUCAUCCUGCUCCAAAGUUGCGCCCAGAAGUGCUUGAAGGCCUGAUUGAUGCGGUCUUCUAAUGAGCCCUGAGUUGUGAAGGGGUGGAGUGGUAUAGUCACCUCGUCUGCGGCCAUCUUAGCUGGUGCCCGGCAAACAACCAUCACUGCGGGAACGGACACGUCCAGUGUGGGUGAGAGUGCCAUCUCCCAAGAGGGGACCAGGAUAUCCCCACCAGUCCAUGGGGGUAGGAGCAUGCUUGGACCCUGUAGUCGAUCCAGGGGUGAGGAGAGCGGCCACUUCUCCCCACUUCAGCCUCCCAUAGGCCACAAGUUUGCUCCAUCGUGGAGCCGCCAGCCACAUAGGUGCAAGAUUGGUGCAAGAAUUAACUGCUUGAGGUAGCAAGGAGUAUCCACUGAUAUUCCGGUAAGAUUGUUCACGAUUGGAGUCAUGGGCCUGGAGCUCCAGCCACGUGCAUCCAGCCAGCUUGGCAGUCAGGCUCCGCCCCCCAUUUGUGUAGAUAUUUAUGUGUUUGGGAGCAUACAGUUGUAUGGAUGUGUAUUUUUUUGUGUCGUUGUGUGUGGGAAUGUGCAAGUGUCUGUGUUUUUGGGAGUUGUGUGUGUCUGUGUGUAAUGGAGUUAGGAUUUGUGUGCGUCUGUGUAAAAUGGAGCAUGGACUUGGCAAUAAGGAUUUGCAGCCCCCAUUGGAGAUGAUGAAUUGCCUGUGGACCCCAGAUAAUUUUACUGCAAGAUCCCUAAUAUAAACGUUCUUUGUUCUUACUAAAUGUAGGAAGAAUUCCCAAAUAAUUGAAAGGGCCGUUAAAGUCACCCAGACCACUUCAUCUCAUUGAAGUAGUCUGGGUGCAGUGGUCCUGUAGUUUUAACUCUCCCAGGAAAAACAUUCUCAAAAUGCCAAACUUUAUCUUGAAGGGUUAAAGACACCUCUACUGACUGUCACAGUGUGAGCGCCUAGAGACACUUCCAAAGCAUCAAACAAGUAAAACUCAGUCAUGUGGUGUGAACAUCAUCAAAUGCAGAUCAUAGGAAAGCACUGAAUUCAUUGCUUUCCUAUGGGAAGCAUUUGAUUGGAUGUUUGCGCACAGCUCGCCAUGAAUGUGCAUGACUGUUGCUCCGCUAUGAGGAGCAUUGAUUAGACAAACACCAGGGGUGCGAUGCCUGCACGAUGGAAGUCUUGGCUCUGGAAGAAAGGUAAGUAAAACCUUUAAACUGGAGAUAUCCAUAUCUAAUGUAUUGGACAUAUCCAAUAAGGCCUCCAUUUAAUAUCACUGGAUAGCUUUUCAAAUUCUUAAAUAUUUUUGGAUAAACUUUUUAAAGUAUUUUUUCUAAAUAUGAAAAUAUUAAAAAAAAUCAAUAUAUUAAACAUAUCAACAUAGUACACAUUUAAAAUAUUUUUAAUAAUAUAAACUUUUAAAAAAAGAUAUUUAUUAAUAUCAGUUGAAAAGCUUAACCCAACCAUAUUAAACCAAGGUUAAUUUUGAAUGAUAGAUUUAGUGACCUCUAGUGGCAAUUUUAAAAUAAUAGCUAAAUUAAUAAUUAUGUAUAUGUAAACUAACAAGAAUCAAUCCAGUAGUUUAAAAUGUGAUUAUUACAAAUCAAAUUCAUUAAGCAUAUCUAUCUAUCUCUUUAUUUAUCUACUCAUCAGAAACAACAUUAAAACCACUGACUGGUAGGCCCGGACUGGCCAUCGGACACACUGGGCAAAUGCCCAGCAGGCUGCGGUGGCCAUGUGCCAAGGCCGACAGGGGAGGUCACAGGAUCUCCCCGGCCGGUCCAUGCAGGGUUUGUGCUAACUGAGUGCUGGCCCCACUGUGUUCCAUGACGGGCCGGUAGGGAGAUCAAAGAUCUCCCUCACCGGCCCACAUGCAGUGUGAUGCAGGCGCUGGCUGGGGAGGGAGAGGGAGACAGGAGAGGACCCGGAGGAGCUCUAUCUUGCAGCUCAGCUGGGUUCCUCUUGCGAAAUCCAGAGCUCCGGGUCUCGUGAGAGUGAACUCUAUCCCCACAGGUUAGACUUCACUCACCACUAGGACCACCAGGGAUGGCAGCACGGUCCCCCCUCCCAGGCUAAAGGUAAGAAGGGAGGGGGGAUACAAUGCCUGUUUUUUUAUUUUAUUAUUCCCCCAACACACACAGCACCCUCACUCACACACACACACACAGCACCCUCAAACACACACUGCACACCUCACACAUUGAACAACUCACACAACUCACACACACACACUGCACAACUCACACACAGCACCCGCACACACAUACUGCACCCACACACUGAACCCCUCACACACAAUAUACUCCUCACAAAUACACACUAUACUCCUCACAAAUACACACUACACUCUUCACACACACACUGCACACCUCACACAUACACACAGCAGCCCCCAAACACACUGCACCACACACACACACACACACACAUAUACACUACUUCUAAACAUUUAUGAAUAUAUACUACAGAACCCCUCACACACAUACUGCACCCCUAAACACAUUCCAGACACACACUAGAUACCUUACCCAAUUCUGAAUCAUGUACAUAUACACACACUAGAUCCCUUUUAUACACUCUGAAUCCUCUACACAUACACUCACUAGAUCUCCUAUACACAGUCUGGGUCCUUCAAACACACACUAGAUCCUCUACACACACACACUACAUUUCUGACAUACACACUCUGGAUCCCCUAUGCACAUACUAGAUUCCUUGUAAGCAAACACAUAUUACCUUCCCUAAACACACACUCUCUACAUCCCCUACACACACUACAUCACCUAUACACACACACACUAUAGCCCGUAUGUACACACUAUCUACAUCCCCUAUACACACUCUGUCCCCUAUACACACACUCUCUAAGGCACCUAGACACACAUACAUUACAUUACACCACAAACACAACAUGACUGAAACCAACCUAUUAACACAAAACCAACCCACAAUCAGCUCACUCUACAUACAAUCACAUAAGCAGACUCCAAACACAUGCACAGUACUCUUUCCUGGCAUUUUUGUCUCCUGCAAGCAUGUUAUUACAUUUGCUUGCGCUAUGCAGAACAAAUACAUGGCCCUUUUCUCAUGCCAAAGCUCUUCAGCAGAGCUGUGCGCAUGGUCUGCCCCGGAAGAGCAUUGAACCAACAUGCUCACUUUAAGAUAGGGUGUGCUUGUCAUUGGGGAUGACAAAACACAUCCUAUCUGACCCUCCCCCUUUUCAGUGGGCCACUGUGAUUAAAAAAUGCCGGUGCCAAAUUUCUUUCCCAGUCUGGCCCUGCUGACUGGUGAAGUGAAUAACAUUAAUUGUAUUAUUACAAUGGAUCCUGUGAAAGGGUUGGAUUUAUUAGGAAGCAAGUGAACAGCCAGUUUUUGAAUUUCAUGUGUUGGAUGCAGGAAAAAAGGACAAGUGAAAAGAUCAUAGUGACUUUGACAAGUGGCAAAAUGUGGUUACUAGAUGACUGGAUCAUAGCAUCUCCAAAACAGAAAGUCUUGUGGAGUGUUCUUGGUAUGCAAUUCUUAGUACCUACCAAAAGUGGCGCAAGGAAAGACAUUGUCUUCCUGGGGAAGAGAAGACAACAGGAUGCUCAAUAGGAAGAAGACAUGCUGACAGAGAAAGUGUUAUGAUUUGUGUAGUCUUAUUCAGGGAUACCUUGGGUCCUGGCAUUCACGUGGAUGUUAUUUUGACAUUUACUACCUACUUAGAGAUUGUUGCAGACCACAUACUCUACUUCAUGGCAAUGGUGUUCCAUCAGCAGAUUUGGUUUAUAUUAAGCCAUAGGAAAUGAAUGAUUAAUUGACACAAAACCAGUGAAUGGUGCCAGUGGCUGCAGCAGGCUCUAAUGGUUGCAGUGUUUAUGCCCCUUUAACCAUACCUUGUAACAUUGUGAGAUAUAGAUCUAAGACAGGCGGUGGGCCUAAAGGAGUGUGACAAUGAAGCAGUUGCAUCCCUGGUGAUGCCCAAAGGGGACAGGCCCAUUCAAAAAGGGGACAUGCUUUCAAAAAAGGGGCAUGCCAGUUUGCCCUAAAUGCACGCCAGGCUGACUAGUCUUAUAGCUGUCCAUUGAGGUCAGGACAUGAGCAGUGCACUGUUAAAGAGCUCUGUCUCUGAACUAAAUGCCAACAGUGUAGUUUUCACAGUAUGUACAUGCCUAUGAAAUUUAAGAAGCUCAAAAAUAAAGAGAAAUAAUUUAGGGGUUUUAUCAUCAUUCAUUGAGUUAUUAAAUUCCCCUAUUAUAUUGAGCAUUAGGAGUUAAUAUAAAAAACAGGGUUGUCUGGGACACCAGCAAAUUAAUGUUAAACGUGAUCUCUAUUAUCCUCCAACCAAUGCACAGCAAGUGAAAAGGAAAAAGGAACGUUCCCCUCCACUAUCAAGUCUACAUUGGUUUAUUGUGGAAUACAUUUUAGCUGUCAUCUUUGUCAGAACAAUAUUCUGCAGAUAGCUUAUAUAACAAAUGGGAUAAUUCUGGUAUUUUUUGCAGAAAGAAGCCGAUGAAACUCUGAGUACCAAUGUAUGGGUUGAGCAGGUAAGAGCUGCAAUUUAUAUAAAUUUUUGCGCAUUCUACUGGGGUAGUCAAAAAAUAAAAUCACAAUAAACACUUUAUGCUAAAUGUAUCUCAUUGUCAACUAACACUUACUGGGUUAUUUACUAAAGUGAGAAUUCUAAAAGAAUUCCAAUUGUAAGGCCAGAGCACUGAAACUGAAAAAAUAGCUGAAUUUUUCCAGUUUGGCUAUUCUGACCUUGAAUUUGAAAUUCACUUUAAAUUCUUAAUUUAGUAAAUAAGGCCAUAAGCAUAAGGAUUUUUAGUAGGGUCCUGACUUACAAUGAAAUUUACUGCAAAAUGUGCAUACUUGAUUUCACAGAUACAUUACUAUGUUGGCUGCUUUUGCAGAAUUAUAUAAAAUAUAAAAUGGAAGAAAAAAAGAUCCAGGUACACCUGAGGUUUCUUCUAAAAGGCAGUCUUUAUUUGGAACAAGAAAGUGGAUACAAUGUUUUGGCUCCUCUCUGAGUCUUUAUCAAGUCUGAUAAAGGCUGAGAGAGGAACCGAAAUGUCUCCACUUUCUUGUUCCAAAUAAAAAGUCUGCCUUUUAGAAGAAACCUCAGGGGUGCCCGGAUAUUUAUAUUCUUCCAUUUGAUGUCUGCAGGAUUGGAUCUCCAUUUCUGGAGCACACUGCAGGAAGUAUUCCCCCUGUUUUAGUGCGUGCAUUAUACGUUUUUUUUUUUUUUUAUAUAUAAGAUGUAAGUCUGCUUUUGAGAAAUAGCUUAAAGUUUUAUUCCAAGCAUUAUAACUGCUAUAGUCCAUUGCAGUGAUUAUGAUGGCACUGUUUCUCUGUAAGAAGGUGUGUUCUGAUGGGCACCAAGCCUCUUCUAAUGCUGUCUCACUGACUUGUAGUUGUUCAAGAGUUCUAGAAGCAAAUGAAAUCCUGUGCUAGAUAUAUGCUCAGAAUUGACAUUAGCCAGCACAGAAUCUCUGGCAGCUAGCCUAAAUAUAUCUCUGUAAUGCUGCAUGUAUAGGUUUCUCGCUUUAUGAGCACUUGAAACCACUGAAGUGAUCAUGAUGCUUGGACUAACCCUUUAAUUUACUAAAGCUUAUUUUAUAUAAUCAAGUGCCCUCUCCAUAUUCCCCAGGUGUGGUAUGAUAGAAGACUGUCAUGGAAUGAGUCAGAGUUCUAUGAUAUUAAUAUUCUCCGGGUCCCUCCAGACAUGGUGUGGCAACCACAACUCGUCCUGGAAAAUAAGUAAGAAUAGAAACUGCAGUAAAACUGUUCCAAGCAUUGGGUUUAGAGAAUAAGAAAAUCACUAGUGUUUUAUUUUUUUAGAUUUAUUAAAACAUUUAUUUUGGUUAUUAAAUGUAUGGUAUAGAUUAAUUAUUAUAUUUUUUAUUAUCAUUUAUUAAUUUGUAUUAUUUGUUAACCCCUUAAGAGCGCAAAUAGCAAAACUGGCAUCUGAUGCCAGGACACAAAGCAAACUGGUACCAACCUUGUGCCACUCUAUCAGUGCUCUCUGACAUUUCUCUGGCAAGGGAGAGUGAUGUCAGACAAAGAAAAUUUAGCUUUUUUUAAUUUAUUUUUUUAUUUGGUGACGACGACCAUCUUAGAAAGGAUUAACCAAUACUAGUGUUUUAGAAAAACACUGUUUUUUGAAGUAUCCAUACAUUAUUCCUAACUCCAAAACACCAAAAACGUCCCAACUCCAGAAUAGCAUUACAGCUAACCCAGCAUUAAGCCUUACCUUAGACUACCACUAGCUCUAUGCUAACUCUAAUCCUACCCCUAACCCUACCCCAAGGAAACCCUCUGCUAAUAUCAGUAAAGAUAACAGCCGAUGGGUUUUCUAGUUAAAACAGAAGAAAAUGAUUUGUGACCACUAUUUGAUGGCUGUUUUUUUCAGCAAUACAGGGAGAUUUACUUUCCCAGUCAAUUGUACUGUGAUUGGUGCUGGGCAGCUGGCAAAACCCAGCACAGAUCACAGCCGCAUAAAUUCUUCUUGCUGCCCAUGUACAGUUUCCUCAAUUUAUCCCCCUUCAUAUAUACAUAAAUGGAAAAUGUUGGGUGUAUGUGACUCGUUUACAAUAUGACUGAAUGGUGAUUGUGACUAAUUGGGAGAAUGUAAAGUGAGACAGGGCCGAUAGAGAAUGGUGUGGGUGUCCUACUUGUGGGUCUAUGUGUGAGUGUGUGUGUCUGCUUGUGGUGUUGCAUGUUUUUAGGAAAGCUAAAAACAAACUUAAGCUUAAAGAAGCCACUUUUGUGUAUAGAUCCUGGCCCUGUAGUCUCACUGCUCAGUUCUCUGCCAUUUAUAUAUUAAAUCACUAUGCUUCUAUUUAUGUAGCCAUAGCCACACCUACCCUGGCUCAAACUUUUUGAGAUCAUCCAUAUAUCUGAGUCUACUAUUGAUGCACAGCAAUUGCUCCAUUAAACCACUUGGGAAGCAUUAAAUCAAAUGUGUCAGCAUGAUGAUGUCAAAUGCAAAGACCUUUGAGGAAGUGCCUCUCGUUGCUUCCAGUAUGACGGUCAAUAAAGACGUGUUCUCUCACAAAUGUAAACAUUGCCAUUUCACUGAACCGGAAAUGUUUUACUUUACAGAGAAAAAUGACCAAAACCACUUCAUUAAGAUUAAUUGGUUUUGGUGCUUAACAUUUCUUUUUAGUCCAAGAACAAUCACUAAGUAUUUCAAUUCACUAAGAAACACGCUACAUAAUGAGAUAGUAAUAAAUAGAAAGAUACAGAUAAUGAUAUAAAGAUUCAGCUAUCACCAUAUGAAUCUCUCAUCUCUUUCUCUCUCUGUAAUAAAUGUCCAAAGCCAGAAUUAAUGGAGCAACUCCAUGUAUGUCUUUAGUGCCAUAUAUACAUUUAAAACAUUUUAUGUUUCUCUCUGUAGCAACAAUGGAAACUUUGAGGUGGCUUAUUACUGCAAUGUCCUGAUAGAGAGCAGUGGUCGUGUUUACUGGCUGCCACCUGCUAUUUAUCAAACCUCUUGUUCCAUCAAUGUGAACUACUUUCCAUUUGACUGGCAAAACUGCUCUCUUAAGUUUAGGUAUGUAUCCACCUUAAACCAUGAAUACUGGUGCAGAAUUUAUCUUAUUCAUCUAAUUGGUUGCAAUCUUAGUUUUAAACUAGAAAUAAACACAGUUAUCAUUUAGAUUUUUUACUUAACCGGUUAAGGUCCACGAUAUCCUGGAAAUACUGGUCUAUAAUCCCCUUAGAUCUGCAUGGAAGCAGAGUUAAAUUAACCAUUGCUUUUGCCCCUUCCCUAGCCCCUUUGUGUGUCUCUUUCUCUCCACAGCCCCAUUUGUGUGUCUCUUCCACAAGCGCCUUUUCUAUUUUUCCCCCAGUCUCUCUAUAUUGAUUUGUGUCCCCCACAAGCACAUUCAUGCAGUCCACAUGUCUCAUUUCCUCCAUCCAGCCCUUCUAUGUGUCUCAUUUACCUUAGUCCCUAAAUGUUUCUCAUUCCCCCAGCUCCUCAUUCCAUUGCCUCAGCCACCCAUGUGUCUCAAUCCCCCAGCUCUUCCAUGUUUCUCAUUCCCCCAGUCCCCAGUCUCCAAACCUGUGUCCGCUUAACUCACUCCUGUGUAGCAUGAUCGAGCCAUAGACAACAGUAGAGUUAUUUGUUUCCCUCUACUCUGAGUCAGUGCUCCUCAAGGCACACCUAACAGUCCAGGAUUUAAGGAGUACCCGAAUGUGUCUAAGGUAUUUAAAAAAAGAAAGAAAAACACCUUAGAGUAAUCCAUAAAUCCUGGACUAUUAGGUGUGCCUUGAGGAGAGUAUUGAGGAACACUGAUCUGAGUGUGCUCCAUGUGCACACUUCCUGUCAGGUAGAGGGAAACAAGCUCCUCUACUCUGGUCCGCCACUUGCUCACGCUACAAUGAAUGUCUGGCAGGAGGGGAGCGCUGUGCAGUGCACUCUCCUCCUGCCAAGUACCAGUGACCUGGAUCCCGAGCUCUAAGGCAGCCGUCUGUGCUGCCUUAUGGUAGCGUCGGCCCUGAUCCUAGAGUCCCCAAUGUAAGUAGUCAAACAGUGUGCUGAUGGAUGGUCAACUGGAUUAAAAAUUUUAAUGUUGGUUUAGGCUCAUUCAGAGCUUGUUAUAUAAAAUCCAGACAUCUUCUGAACAAUGUUUGGAGUUUGGUGUCUGAAUGCCCCAUUAUGGUACAAGACAUGUUAGUGUAUAACCCCGUUUGUUGCAAUCAGCCAAAUCUCCAUAUAACCCAAUUUUGGCCAAGUGAGCUAAACGCACUGGCUCCCUUCAUGUUUAAGGUCUCUAGCGCUAACAGAUACUGAGACAGAUUGGGUACCCUUCCUGGCAAGUCCAGGGUGUUUCAUCUAGGACCAUGCAGACAGUGUGCUUCAGCAGUGCUCUCUGUGUUGGUUAUGUAUGGUAUGUAGGGGGUUGGCUAGGAAGGGGCCCCAAUCUUUCUUGGCUCCAGGCUGACCCCUUGAGUGAGGAAACCCAUUUUGGAGAUCAUCCGUGACACUUAAUUGCCUAAUUGUUGAUUCCCCUCUGAAGGCCUGUCCACCCAUCCCGAUUCCAUAACUCUUAAUGUUGAGAGGUAUGCAAUGGUUCCAAUGCCCCUGACAGAGACCAGGUUAUCUGCUUGAAAAUCUAAAAGAGUAAAGUGAGAAUUCAAAGUACAUUUAAAAUUUAAGGUCAAAACAGUAGAACUGAAAGCACAGAUGGCUUAGAGAAUUUUUCCAAUUCACUUUAAAUGUUCGCUCUAGUAAUGAUCCUGUAAGUUUUUCUAAUCCUAGGGUACUCUGACACUACAACAAAACCCUUUUAAAGCAGUAAAUCAUUUUACUCCAAAAUCUACUAUAACAUUAGAGCUUUUUUGUAGCAGGGAAAUUCAGUUAUGAUUUGGUUGCAGUUCAAUUGGGCCGUUCUUAAAUCUCACUGUAGCAAUUUGACUAUCAUUCAGCUUUUAGUGAACAGAGUAAACCACAGAAGAAUUUUAACAAUCGAAUGCCGAAAAAUUUAACUGAAUGGAAUCAGUCAAAUUUGCAAAAAGUAAUUUGUGUUUAGUUAAUAGACUCAGGUGUAGCAUACAAAUUAUCCCUUUGUUUGUGUGUUCGUUUUUAGCUCUUUGAAUUACAAUGCCAAAGAGAUCAACCUGCAACUGAGGAAGGAUCCCGAAGGUGAAACAGAAAGAGAAUACUACGUAGAAUGGAUCAUAAUUGACCCUGAGGGGUUCACAGGUAUUCUAGCUGCUCCAUAAAAUGCACUGACAAAGUGGGAAAGCAUAAGAGGUAUUUUAUCAGUUGCAAGAGGGAUUAGAUUUACCUUUUAUUUCAUCCGUUAACUCUAUGUGCCCCCUCCCCCUUCCUAUAUUUAUAUAAUGUUUAAAUACAGAAUCUGCCAGUCAUAGAUUUAUUAAAAUCAAACGUCAAAUGCAUUUUUAGAUGAAUCAGAGCACUGCCCUGGUCAUCUGGUAUAUUGACAGUACUCUGAGCCCAGGGACCGUGAGAGUUCUUGAAGAAGUCUGUAUCCGCUAGAGGUGUAGACCUCACAUUCCUUAAUGGCACUACCACUAGUCUCCUACCAGCCGCCCCAAGCCAUGGCCUUGGGUGUCUUGCGGGUAAUCCAGAGCAGGAUGCAAUCAUGUAGAGUUUUUAUUUUAAAUUAAAGUGUCAGUAAAUAUGCAGAAAAAACUAAACAUUAAACAUGAACUGUUACAAAUAGAACAUAUUGCUCCUUUUAAUCAAAUUAUUCUUAAAACUUUUUAAAGAAAACACUAUAGCAUUCUGAAUACAAACGUGUAUUCGUAACACUAUAGUGUUUCUACUUGCUGUUUAGAUUUCUGGGUCCCACUAACUGCAAUAAAAAAAUACUUUUACUCACCCUUUUUCCAAUGUCAAGAUCCAGUCCCUGCAGCCACCGAAUCCGCCUCCGUUACCAAUGCAGUGUUUCUCAAUGCCUCCAAUCAAAUGCUCUCCAUGAAAAGCAUUGAUUGAAGAACCAAGUCUGACUUGUUACUGCAGCGGAAGUACCCUCUAAUGUCUCUCAAGAAGACAGAUAGGGUGCUGAGUUGAGGGUACUUAGAUUUCAAGGAUAACAGACACUUGCCAAUAACUUUAGAACAGUUUACUCACCCCAUUCAUUUUAAAAUCAACUGUACUUAGCUAGUCACUCAUGAAAAAAAUAAAUACAUAUUUGAAACCAGUUUGUUUAGAUAUGUCCCUGUUUUGAUACUUAUUGACCUUUUUUAUCGGUACUAUAGAGAAUGGAGAGUGGGAAAUUGUCCAUAUUCCAGCAAAGAAGAACAUUGACAGAAGCGUAUCUCCAGAAAGCAACAAGUACCAGGACAUCACUUUUUACCUUCUUAUUGAGCGCAAACCACUCUUCUACAUAAUUAAUAUACUGGCUCCAUGUGUGCUCAUUGCACUAAUGGCCAAUCUGGUCUUUUACCUACCAGCUGACAGUAAGUGUCCAUGGCAUGCAAUGGGUUGGCAUAUAAUGGAUAAUAAAUCUUCUGAUUUAUAACCAAAUAAUUAUAUAGAUUUUGAAAAAUUAUUAUGUUUUUUUUUUGUCGUGCAGUGGUAUGGUACAUAGGUAAAGACAUCAGUUGCGCAUAUAAACAAAGAGAGAAGACAUGCAGAUAUAACAAGUUUUAAAAAUGAAAAAAAAGAUGUAUAACAAGAUAUGUCAGAAGAGAAAUUCAAGAGUGCUAGAGAAAGGACUGACUGUCUGUACUAGCUGACAUGUAGCUUAAUACACGAGUAUGCGAGUAUGUUAAGAGAGUUUAAGAGCGUGGGUAGCAAUAAAUACAAGAAGGCUAGGCUAGUAUUGAACAGGAAAACACCCUUUUAGGGAGAGAUCAUGAUUAAACCUUAUGUGACCACACAGCCCUUGAAAUCUGCCAGUAAGUAAUUAUGUAGUCAUCUGAUGCCGAGUCUGUAGGCAGGCAGCCAGCUCAAAGGCUGAUAGUCCCAGUAUGUGUGACUCCUAUAGCACAGGAAAACCUGCUGCAACAUUGUUUCUGAGUUCCAUUGAGGAUCCCGAAGGCCGUAGCCGCCAUCUUGAAAGGCGAAUGAGUAGUAGCAAGCCUCUACACAAUUCUGGGCCCAAGCCCAGCUCCAUGCCAGUUGCCAGUGCAUUUUAGUUCCUGUGGUACUGGUAUGAUUAGGAUCUGGUUGUGGGAGCCAGGUGGGGUGGGUCAAAGGAUUACUGACAGACUUAGUAAUAGUCCCACACUCACAACUGUGUGGGAAGAUGGUUGCACCUUCUGUCGGCUACUGUGUGGAGGCGGCUGCAUACUUGCCUUUAAGCGGGAUAGGAACUUCUCAAAAAUAUAGUCUAGUUUGGACAUUGUAGUCAAUGUGCAUCGUGGAAGUGUUUCUGAAGUCUUCUGCCGCCAUCUUGUGGGUUCAGAGGCCAGGUCUGAGCCACGUGGAUAUUGCAGAGUGGGGUGCAGGCCCGGACUGGCCAUCGGGCACAGCGGGCAAAUGCCCGGUGGGCCGCGGUGGCCAUGGGCCGAGGCCGGCAGGGGAGAUCACAGGAUCUCCCCGGCCGGCCCCUGCAGGGCCGGCACUCUCCUAGCGCCGGCCCCGCUGUUUGUCACGACGGGCCGGUGGGGAGAUCAAGGAUCUCCCUGACCGGCCCACAUGCGGCCGCCGGCGGGGACGGAGGGAGGGAGACAGCCAGCCAGGCUGGAGAGAGGACCCGGCGGAGCUCUAACUUGCAGCUCCGCCGGGUUCCUCUCGCGAGAUCCGGCGCGUUGCCAUGGCAACGACCGGAUCUCGCGAGAGUGAACUCUAGCCUCACAGGCUAGAGUUCACUCACCCACGAGGACCACCAGGGAACACCGCCACCCUGCCUGCCAGCGUGCCGGUCCCCCCCUCCCAGGCUAAAGGUAAGAAGGGAGGGGGGGAAAUAAUGACUUUUUUUUUUUUUUUAUUUACCCCCCCUACACACACACACAAUAACAUUUAUACAGCACUCUCACACCCAUCACACACAGCACUCUCUCCCACAGCACUCUCACACCCAUCACACACAGCACUCUCUCCCACAGCACUCUCACACCCAUCACACACAGCACUCUCUCCCACAGCACUCUCACACCCAUCACACACAGCACUCUCUCCCACAGCACUCUCACACCCAUCACACACAGCACUCUCUCACCCAGCACUCACACCCAGCACUCACACCCAGCACUCACACCCAGCACUCUCACAACCAGCACUCUCACACCAUCACACACAGCGCACUCUCACAGAGCACUCUCACACUCACACACACACACAGCACUCUCACACCCAUCACACACAGCACUCUCUCACACACAGCACUCUCUCACAGCACUCUCUCACAGCACUCUCUCACAGCACUCUCACACCCAUCUCACACAGCACUCUCACACCCAUCACUCACACACGGCACUCUCACACCCAUCACACACACACGGCACUCUCACACCCAUCACACACACACCGCACCCUCACACAUCACACACACACCGCACCCUCACACACACACACACACCGCACCCUCACACACACACAUACUGCACCCCUCACAUACACACAGAACCCCCCAACACACUGCACCACACACAUACACAAUACUUCCAAAAAAAAAAAAAAUAUAUAUAUAUAUAUAUAUAUAUAUAUAUAUAUACACACUACACUCUUAAAGGACCACUCUAGCCACCCAGACCACUUCAGCUUAAUGAAGUGGUCUUGGUGCCAGGUCCUUCUAGGGUUAACCCAUUGUUUUAUAAACAUAGCAGUUUCAGAGAAACUGCUAUGUUUAUCAAUAGGUUAAGCCUUCCCCCAAAACCUCUAGCAGCUGUCUCAUUGACAGCCGCUAGAGGCGCUUGCGUGCUUUUCACUGUGAAAAUCACAGUGAGAGCACGCAAGCGUCCAUAGAAAGCAUUAUAAAUGCUUUCCUAUGCGCGGCUGAAUGCGCGCGCAGCUCUUGCAGCGAUAAUGCGCAUUCAGCCGCGGCAAUCGGAGGAGGAGAGCUCCCCGCCCGGCGCUGGAAAAGGUAAGUUUUAACCCCUUUCCAGAGCCGUGUGGGAGGGGGUUCCUGAGCCACAUAUGCAUCACAUUACACCACAAACACAACACGACUAAAACCGACCUUAUUACACAAUACCACACCACGACCAGCUCACUCUACACACACGCAAUACCACAAGCAGGCUCCAAACAUAUGCACAAUACUCUGUCCUGGCCUUUUGUCUCCUGGUAUCCAUUUAUAGAGACACCAGAGACAAGUUGCAAGGAAACACAGUGCAAGCAUGUUAUUAAAUUUGCUUGCACUGUGCAGAACAAAUACAGGACUUUUUUCUCAUGCUAGAGCUCUUCAGCAGAGCUCUGCGCAUGGUCUGCCCUGGAAGAACAUUGAACCAACAUGCUCACUUUGAGAGGAGGCGUGUUUGUCAUUGGUGAUGACAAAACACACCUCCUCUGCCCCGCCCCCUUUUUAGUGGGCCGCUGUGUUAAAAAAAUGCCCGGGCCGAAUUUUUCUCCCAGUCCGGCCCUGGUGGGGUGUAUGGGAGUAUUUUUACAAUUAGUUUCACCACCAAAGAAAAGUGGUAAACAUAAACCUAACAUAACAAGCUACAUAUUGUUGCUUCUUUCAUUCAUAGCAUUAGUUUGCUGUAAGGCCAGUUUAUGGUAAUCUUGUGUGUAACUGUGUGCUUUGUCUAGGUGGUGAGAAAAUGACAUUGUCCAUUUCUGUGCUUUUGGCUCAAGCUGUCUUCCUGUUGCUGAUCUCGCAGCGCCUUCCUGAGACUUCCUUGGCCAUUCCACUCAUCAGCAAGUGAGUAAAAAAAAUAAGCUUAUUUUAAAUUCCAUGCCGUUCCAUGCAGAUCUAGGUGUUACCUCUAAAUACAAAUGAUAUAAAAAGAAAUAUCUCUCUAUAUAUAUAUCUAUAUCUAUCUAUUUACUACGCUAUCUAUAUCUAUCUAUCUAUCUAUAUAUAUAUAUAUAUAUAUAUGUAUAUUUGCAUAUAGUUUAGGAUAAAAAAAUAUAUAUAUAUACUGAUUUAAAUGCAAGACAAUUGCUGAUGUGGCAUCAUAUAACCACAUUUGGUUAUGUAUUAUUAGACUUUUUAAUGCAGUGCGUUUUAUGCUAGAUCCCCAAAUAUGCAAUUUGGAUUAAAAAUAUAUGUCUCUUCUUGCCAAGCUGAUUGAACUUCCACAGAAAAGCUAAAAGUAUCUAAGUUGUGCUGAAUGUAUAUUUUGUGUCCUACAGGUACCUCAUGUUUAUCAUGGUAUUGGUGACAAUAGUGGUAGUGAGUUGUGUCAUUGUCCUGAACAUUCAUUUCAGAACGCCGAGCACGCAUAUCAUGUCAGAAAAGAUGAAAGAGGUAAGUUCUAAUAGCCCGGAAUCAAAAUGCAUUACUAACCAUUUAAGAUUAUAAUCGUAUACUAUAAUGAGUAAAAAACAGAGAAAAUAGGAAGCAAAAAGGAUGCACUCUUAUAGGGGUUAACCCUUUAUGAACUACAACAGUAGUAAAGGCAAAGAAAGAGAAAAAGUGAGUGCCCUCAAGUUAAAAUAUAACUUUUAAUACUAAAUCAAGUUAAAACAAUUUAUAUGAUGUAUCCAAAAUGAUUAGCAAAAAUACAAUAUUUUAAAUAUAUGCUUAAACUGAUAAUAGUAAAUGGAUCAUAAAGAUCAAAGAUAAAAUACUAAAGGAUCAAUUUAUUUCCUAAGCAUUGAUAACGAUAAGUUGAUAAAGGAGGUCCUGUUCAAAAGUUUUCAGGACAAAUCUCCAAAUAAUAUGCAAAAAAACAAAUAGGUUUUCUAAUGCAUUCAAGUGUGUACGUCAAUUUAGUUAGAUAAAAGGAAAGAAACAGUCCAUAAAGUAUUAAGUAGAAAUUGCUACAUAGAGUGGUGUAGCAAAAUAGGGUUCUAAAGGUCUUAAAUGAUGAAAAAAUCUAAAUACAUUAAUAGCCUUAUGUGAAAAAUCAUGAUAUCAGCAUAAUAGCUUGACCACACAGAGCCCCAUUCAUAGUGCUUGUUGGAUCCAAAACAUGCACUAAACAAAAUAUAGUGAUAUAAGAAAAGUUAUUCUUCACUAUAUAAAUACCUCCUGCAGUGGGAAUAGAGAUCACUGCCAAAAUAGAUCAAGGGCAUAUACUCAGUAGACCCCCCACUAAUAUAGCUGGAGUAGGGCUGAAUAUCGAUGUAUAAAAUAUGGAGUCUAAUGACCAUCUGAACAGACGCCAGUACUAUGGUAAAUGUAUAUCGAUAGAGCUGUGGGAGAAACGCGCGCGUCAGGGGAAAGGGCUCUAUCGAUAUACAUUUACCAUAGUACUGGCAUCUGUUCAGAUGGUCAUUAGACUCCAUAUUUUAUACAUCGAUAUUCAGCCCUACUCCAGCUAUAUUAGUGGGGGGUCUACUGAGUAUAUGCCCUUGAUCUAUUUUGGCAGUGAUCUCUAUUCCCACUGCAGGAGGUAUUUAUAUAGUGAAGAAUAACUUUUCUUAUAUCACUAUAUUUUGUUUAGUGCAUGUUUUGGAUCCAACAAGCACUAUGAAUGGGGCUCUGUGUGGUCAAGCUAUUAUGCUGAUAUCAUGAUUUUUCACAUAAGGUUAUUAAUGUAUUUAGAUUUUUUCAUCAUUUAAGACCUUUAGAACCCUAUUUUGCUACACCACUCUAUGUAGCAAUUUCUACUUAAUACUUUAUGGACUGUUUCUUUCCUUUUAUCUAACUAAAUUGACGUACACACUUGAAUGCAUUAGAAAACCUAUUUGGUUUUUUGCAUAUUAUUUGGAGAUUUGUCCUGAAAACUUUUGAACAGGACCUCCUUUAUCAACUUAUCGUUAUCAAUGCUUAGGAAAUAAAUUGAUCCUUUAGUAUUUUAUCUUUGAUCUUUAUUAUACUAUAAUCAGGGCUCAUAAUUCUAGAUCUGAUGCUACUAGCUACUAGGUAGGCCCAGAAGUUAAAGGACCACUAUAGUGCCAGGAAAACAUACUCGUUUUCCUGGCACUAUAGUGCCCUGAGGGUGCCCUCACCCUCAGGGUCCCCCUCCCGCCGGGCUGGAUGGAGAGGAAGGGGUUAAAAUAUUACCUCUUUUUCCAGCGCCAGGCGGGGAGCUCUCCUCCUCCUCUCCUCCUCUUCGGCUGAAUGAGCAUGCGCGGCAUGAGCCGCGCGCGCAUUUAGCCAGUCCAUAGGAAAGCAUUCACAAUGCUUUCCUAUGGACGCUGGUGUCUUCUCACUGUGAUUUUCACAGUGAGAAACGCGGAAGCCCUCUAGCGGCUGUUAAUGAGAGCCACUAGAGGCUGGAUUAACCCUAACAUAAACAUAGCAAUUUCUCUGAAACUGCUAUGUUUAUAGAAAAAAGGGUUAACCCUAGAUGGACCAGGCACCCAGACCACCUCAUUAAGCUGAAGUGGUCUGGGUGCCUAUAGUGGUCCUUUAAUUGACACAAGCCUAGUAUGACCAUGGCUCACUCCCAAUUAAUUUGUACUUGCCAGGGCUAAAUUGUCACAAGCAUAUGGCUAGUGAGUGAGUGUAAUUUUUUAACCUUGCUGUAAAGACACUAUCAGAAUUCAGUUAGCUAACUUGGCUGUCUAAGACAUGUCAGUGGUAAAAAGAGCAAUAACCUUCUAUAAAGCCAGUAAAAUCUGAUCUGUUCCAACAAGGAAUGUUCUGCUUUCAUACCAUUAGUUGUUACACAGAGCCUUUCUUGCAAGGUCUUUAAAGGCUUACUCCAAGCACCAUGACCACUAAUUGAUUUGAAGUGGUCAUGGUAUUACGUAAAGCAUUUAAUUCUAAAUAUAUGUACAUUAUUGUACAUAUCAGUUGUGAGUGAAUGUAGCUGUGUAUCUGUGUGUAGUGUUGGUGGUUGAAUGCAGGGAUACAUUUGUAUCUAGUGUUGGUGUUUGAAUGUAGGUUUUUUUUGUGUGUGAAGUUGCCUCUUAAAUUGCAGUGACGGGCUCAGAUGCAUCAUUAUCAGAAUUGCACAUCGGGCGGUCACAAGUUUAAGGACCAUCUUUUGGGCCCCAUGCAGCUUGUGGGCCCUAGUGUUGCUGUACUGGCUGCACCAGUGGUAGUUCCCCUGCUGGUCCUCCCUGUCCUCCCUCCUGUGAUGCCAAGCAAGAAGGAUUGGGCUGCAGUAAGUGUUGUCACUGGAAUGAAAUGAAAAUGAAUGAAAAUACUGACAUAAGGCAUUUGGAGCAUUCAUUUCAACACUAUUGUUUAAGAAAUUGAUCACAAACAACUCUAAACAUAUAGUACCGUAAGUAAGUUUAAAACCAAGUAAGUAUGUUAAACUGAGCAGCUGGAUCAUCCUCAAGCGCACACCAUCAGACCAUUAAGGCCGAUUCUGGUCUACUCAUAAUAAUCAGGUCAUUACAGAUGUAUUGUAUAUCUUGUUGGCAGUUAAUUGCACUUUUUUUGUUUGUAACAUUAAUUUCCUUUUAGGUUUUCUUAAACAAACUGCCCCGCAUCCUGCACAUGUCAAUGCCAGCAGAAUCUGAUCCUGAGCCAUGGAAUGGUGUUCUCCAGAGGCGCAGCAGUUCCGUGGGGUACAUUGUGAAAGCAGAGGAAUACUUCUGUGUCAAAUCACGAAGUGAACUUAUGUUUGAGAAGCAGUCAGAGAGACAUGGACUUACCAGCAGAGCCACUCCUGCACGUAAGGAUAUAAUUUUACUGGAAAAAUUACUACAUAUCUCAUUUGAUUUUGUUUUGAUUAGGUAGCCUCAAAGGUGCAAAAUAGUUUACGUAAAUAGUUCAUGUAAAGUGUCAUUUUUGCCACUCCAUGUACAUACAAUUCAACAUCACCAUAAGGACACCAACCAGCUAUUAAUUAAUUAUAGCUAUAUAAACUAACUACACAGACAGAACAUAACCCUAUUGUGGUUUCACUUGAUAUCUGAUAGUGUAUGUAUUGUUUUGGUAUAUCCUGUUUUUUGGCAUAUUUUGGUUUUCUGGCUUGUUUCGUUGUUUUACCCCUUCUACAGGAGCGCUAUUUCACCUCAUGAUAGGCACCCUGAAAAACUAUAUCACUCUAAAGUUCAGUAUAUGCUUCUGUCCAUAUUUUCAAUAAUACAGACAAAAUCCACAUCUCAAAUAACAACCCACUUUUGCAAGAGCUUUUUAUAACUAGAUCCCAAGUAUGAAGAUAUUCAGACAGUCACUAGAGAAGCUUCCUGGAUUCUCAGAGAAUUUAACUCCUGAGACCACGCUUUGCUGAGGACAUCUAAUAUCUUCAAAUUAACCAUAGGAAAGCUUAGAUUCAAUUCUUUCCUAUAGGGAAAGUGUAAUACACACGGUUGUUGUUUUUUUUAACCCUUCAUGGUCAUGAGGAUAGAAAAGAAGUAUUUAUUUGGGUAAUAAUAAAAUCUUUAUAUAGUUGGAAAACUAGAGGAAGCGGAAUGUAUCAUUUAGUUAUACAAUACAAAAUCUCCAUUUUCUCUUCCUUCCCAGGUGCGAAUCCAAUGAGAACAGACAAUUCACAGGACCAGCUUUUUGGAGAAAUAAAACCAGCUGUUGAUGGGGCAAACUUUAUUGUCAAACACAUGAGAGACAAAAAUGAUUACAGUGAGGUAAGUAGAAGCAAACAGUUUGUUGUGUUACUGUAGCAGGGGGUGGGAAUUAGGAAUUGUGGUGUGUUGACAAAGAACUUUUAGGCCAAAAUAGUAGAGCUGGAAAAGAUAACUGGGGGUUCAGUGUCAACAAUGCCUGGGAUUAGUGAUUAACACAUACUUCCCAACAUUGGCGUUAUGUAAUUGGAACAGUUGGGCAGGCCUUCAAGGGUGCGUGACCAGUGACACAACUUGCGUCACUGGCCACACAUACAAUGGGUGGGUCCACCUGGGAAGUGGGCAUUCAAAUGAAGGGGGGGGGGGUAAACUAUUUUAAAAAAUGGUGUGCGAAAAAAUAUUUUUAUUUUUUUUAGAAACUACACUCUUAUAAGUCAAUUCACAUUGUCUGUGGUAUAUCAUAAAAAAGAACAACAAAUACAAACAUAUUUUGCAGACUAUCUGGUAUUAAUGCAAAAAAAAAAAAUAUUAAAAUGUAUAUCCUUAUGGACAUCUAAUCAUAAGUGAGGAGUGGACAAGUGCCACUUACACCUACACGCUCGGGAGGAUCAGUACCUUGUGAGCGGUGGAUCAAAUAUCCUCAGAGUUCUCUCAUUCUCACUGCUUAUUCGUUCUUGUUAGUUGAUGUAGAGCAAUAUACGUUCCGCCCUAACUCCUUAGAGAUGUUUGAAAGGCAAAACUCCAUUGAUCUAAUACCUCAUAUAUGCACAAUGUUGCUAACUCUGGUGACAAAGUAAGUUAAAGGGACACUAUAGGGUCAGGAACACAAACAUGUAUUCCUGAUCCUAUCGUGUUAAAACACUAUCUAGCCCCCUUGCCCCUCUAAAUAUAGUAAAAUCUUAUCUUUAUUCCAGUCCGUUGGUGCUGGCUCUGCCCCUGAUCUGCCUCCUCGGCUGACAUCAUCAAAAGUUGUAUUCUGAGCCAAUCACAAUGCUUUCCCAUAGGAAAGCAUUGGAUUGGCUGAGCUUGUCAAGGAGGCAGAUCAGGGGCAGAGCCAGCACCAGCCAAACACAGCUAUGGCCAAUCAUCAUCUCCUCAUAGAGGAGACGGAGCUCCUGUACUCGACCGAGUGAUUAUACAGUGAUUACAGCUAUAGACUUUACAAAGGCACUUGCAGUUCUCAGUCCUAGCUCUCUUGAUUUAUCCUAGGGCGGGAGGAAUCCUGCAACCAGCAAACAGGUCCGAAGACUCUGCCACUGGGAUCCCUAAAUAUCCACACAGGACACAAGAUCCAAAGGGAACUUACACAAAACUUCAUUUUUACUUAGGACUAGCCCAUAUGUUCCAUACAUAAAGAUUACUGUGACAACUCAAUAAAACUAAAACAGUGAAAUCAUGGCACACAACAUACUUACAUACAUACUUAUUACAACAAAAUGACAUAUUAAUAAUAAAGUGGGGAGGACAAUAAUUAACAGAAAAUAUCUCUCCUGCCUGCAGAAUUAGCAAUAUGCAAAUCUACCCGAAUAUGCAAAUUAGCAAACCUUGCUAUUCAGGUAAUACAUAUCGCUGUUGCUAGAUCCUUGCAACUAACAGGUGGUGUUGUACAGGCUCUACAGCCAAAUUCACCUAGUUGAUUGCAAGCAUUAGCAAGACAGCAGAGCACACUAACAUUUAGCAGCAAACAACCACAUUACACACACACACACCCUGCACCCACAAUGGACACAGGGUGACUUAAACAUAGGAAUCAUUCAGAUACCUUAUUGAAUUGUCCAUCUUAAGCUAUUGGUGAUGGUGACUACCGUCACAGCAUCUCUAUGAGGAAUGUUCAGUGUCUCCAUGCAGAGGGUGGAGACACUGAAUGUCAGUGCUGCACACUGUGCAGAAUGACCCCAGGAAGCAGUGGCGGAUCCAGUGGGGGGGGGGCAACGGGGCAAUUGCCCCCCCUGAAAUUCUCCCCUGCCGGCUAAUGCAGGGCUGGCAUUGUCCAAGUGCCAGCCCUGCAAUGUGCCUUCAAGGACCAGAGGGGAGAUCAGAGAUCUCCCUCCCCGGUCUGCAGGCACCGUGCUGACAGCCGGCAGGUGAGGGAGUGAGAGAGGACCCGGAAGCUCUUACCUGCAGCUCCUCCAGGUCCUCCUCUCGCGAGCAUGGAGCAUUGCCGCGGUUACCACUAGAGCCCUGGAGCGCGGGCUAGAGUUCACUCUCCCCACUGAGCCACCAGGGAUUCCCUAUAGACCACCAUGGAUCCAGAAAUGUUCCCAGUAAAGGUAAGAAGGGAGAGGGGACAUCAAUAUAUUUAUUUAAAUUAAAUUAAAUUAAAUUUAAAAAAGCCUCCCUACCCUCCUCACACUCCACACACACACACACACACACACACACACACACACACACACACACACACAAACACACACACACACUGCAGCUCUCUCACACACACACUGCCCCACACAUACACUGCCCCCUAACACACACACUGCAACCCUGACCUACACUGCCGCCCUCACGCACUCGCACACUCACUUCACCGCUCACACACACACACUGCACCUUUCACACUCACUUCACCUCUAACACAUACCACUGCUCCUAUGCCCUAUAUCCCAGCAGACCCCAGGCAAGUUGUCAAACUGUUCUUAAACGGUUUGACUACUUACUCUGGUAUGGAAUCCUGGCACUACUGGCGCCAUAACUACUACACUGAGCUGUAGUGGUUAUUGUGCCUGGAUUAUUUCUUUUGCCCUCCCAAAAUCAGGCUCUGGAUCCGACACUACCAGGAAACAACGCUAUCAGCCUUCUGAGGAGUGGCCACUGAAGGUAUCCCUAGGCUGUAAUGUAAACAUUGCCUUUUUUCAGAAAAACACAGUGUAUAUACAUACAUACAUAUAUAUAUAUAUAUAUAUAUAUAUAUAUUAAUAUCCAAAUACACGUAGAAUUAUAUUAUAUAUAUAUAUUUAUUAUUCUAAUUAUAUAUAUGUAUAUAUAAUAUAAAAUAAAUAUAUAAAUACAUUAAAAAUGAAAAAUAAAAAAAUAUAAAAAAUAAAGAAUAAAUAUAUAUAUAUAUAUUAAUAUCAAAAUACACUUAGAACGAAAUAAAAUAUAUAUCUAUAUACAUAAAUAUAUAUGUAUAUAUCACUAUAUAUAUAUAUAUACUUAUAUAUAAAUGAAAAAACAAAUAUAUAUAUAUAUAUAUAUAUAUUUUAAUUCUACAUAUAUAUUAAUGUAAUAUUUUUACAUAAUUAAGUCAUUUUAUUAAUUACAAUUUGCGCGACCUGCCUGAUAACCUAGAUAGAAAGCCCAGAGAAUUUAUUUUGCUAGCACUAUAUUUAACUCUGUAACAUUCAAAGACACCCUAAAACCUGUACAUGGGGGUACUGUUUUACUCAGGAGACUUCGCAGAACACAAAUAUUAGUGUUUCAAAACAGUAAAAUGUAUUACAAGAAUGAUAUCAUCAGUAAAAAUGCAGUUACACUGACUAUAUAAUUGUUGUGAUACAUUUUACUGAUUUGAAACACUAAUAUUUGUGUUCAGCAAAGUCUCCUAGGUAUAACAGUACCCCUCAUGUACAGGUUUUAUGGUGUUUUCAAAAGUUACAGAGUCAAAUAUAAGGCUUGUGUUUCAGUUUUUUCACAUUGAAAUUCGCCAGGUUGGUUAUGUUGCCUUUGAGACUGUAUGGUAGCCCAGCAAUGAGAAUUACCCCCAUGGUGACAUACCAUUUGCAAAAGUAGACAACCCAAGGUAUUGCAAAUGGGGUAUGUCCAGUCUUUUUUAGUAGCCACUGGCCAAAAUUGGCAUUCAAAUUAGUUUUUUUGCAGUUUUCACACACAAACAAAUAUUAACGCUACAUUUGGCCAGUGUUUUAUGACUGAGUGGAUACUAAAAAAUACUGGACAUUUGCAAUACAGUGGGUUGUCUACUAUUGCAAAUGGUAUGCCAUCAUGGGGGUAAUUCUCAUUCCUGGGCUACCAUACGCUCUCAAAGACAAGGUAACUAAUCUGUCGAAUUUAAAUGUGAAAAAAAUGAAAAUGUAACAUGCUAAAUUUGACCCUGUAACUUCCCAAACCACCAUAAAACCUGGACAUAGGGGGUACUGUUUUACACGUGAGACAAAUAUGUGUAUUUUAUUGCAGUAAAAGUGAACAGUAUUAUGACAUUCACAGUUAAAAUGUCAUGCAGAACUAAAAAAAAAAUAACAAAAUUUCUUAAUUUCUCAAUUUUUUAAAAUUUUAUUCAUAUUAAAUUAUGUUUUAUAGCUAAAUAUUUGAUGUUAAAUGAAAGCCCUGUUUCUCCUUAAUAAAAUGAUAUAAAAUAAGUGUUGGUGCACGUAAUAUGAAAGAGGUGAAUUGCGGUUGAACAGACAUAUAGCGCAAAUUCCAAGUUUUGUUUACGUGUUAUUUUGAUCAAAACGUGUACAUUUAGCUCAGUCCUUAAGGAGUUAAAAUGUAACAAUCGUCCCACAUGUGAAUGGGCUGCAUAAUAGAUGUGCAGAUGCAUUUAUCACUAAAAAGACAAAUCUAAAUAUAUGUAUUUGAAACAAUCAAGUAGCACUCACAAGUCUUUUAUUUUCGUGGAUUUAUUUGGUGAUUCACAUCACAGAGCGAUUCAUGUUUUGGUCAGUUCAGGCCUUUAUCAAGAUCAAACAAACAAUAGAAGUGUGUUAUAUUUAUAGGUGAAAAAAUCUCUUACCUGUGACCCACGUGUGUAAUUAAUCGGAGACCAGUCCAUGAAGUGAAUGUUAAACAUGACCACAUGGUGUCUAGCUAAUGUGAAAUGUUGUUCCUAGGAAAUUAAAAACCAAUGAGUGCUAAACAAAAUUGGUGUUAUAAAUAAGAUUUCUAUACCAAGUGAAUAUAUUCAGGACAAGGGAAUUAAUGUAUUAUUUGUAUGAAGCACCUAAUCACUAUGCUGAACGCAUAGAGACCGAAAAGGGAUAGUGAACAUUACAUGUAACAGUGAAUGAAGAGUUAUGCCUUGAAUGAAAAAAAUGUGAUCUGGAUUCUGGAUAUACUAAAGGAACAACUAGAGUUGAACGAACAAUAGCAGAUAAAUAACUAAAGUAGAUACAAACAACUAUAUAAUAAGUACUAAAUAUCCAAAAACAUAUACAUACAAAAACAGUAUAAUUGUGAAACUUAUACUGUACUAUUGUGAUAUUACAUUAGAAUACCGCUAAAGUAGAGGUGAACUAAUAUAAUAUUACAAUAGUAUGGUAUAUGUUGUGCCUUGGGCUAAUAUAUACAUUAUUAUAUAUUAAACCUAAAAUAAUAAAUAAUAAGUAUUAUUUUAAUACACUACAAUAUAAACUUUCUUUCCUUUGUUUCUUAAUUAAAUAAAACACAUUUCAGUCAUAAAAAAACACCAAAAUAUAAAAAAAAUUUCAUUUUUUUAUAGUCACUCAAAAGAAAUGUAAUCUCUUCUGUUAACCUGUCAGUGUUAACUACAAGAAUGCAGUAGACACAUCAAACACAUGCAUGUUGCUGUCUAUUUAUAGAUAGCAUGCUGGAAGUCUGUGCCGCAUUCCUGUAACCACAGAGAAUGUUAAACAUUCCACACUGGAUGCUUCUGUGUGUAUGUUGCACAGGUGUAUGUCUGACUAGAGAGACUCCCAUUAAAUAUGGAUUUUAGCCAAAUCUAGAAAAAGCAGUUCCGUCAGUUCAAGAGACCUUCAGGACCAGGGGUUCUGCAAAUCCCUAGCUGCCAUGAGAAUCUUGAUAGGCAAUGGAUCCUCAAAGGUUUAACUGAUACUGUCUCCUGAAUGCAAGUCUCCCAACUGUCCUGAUUUUGACAGAGCAGUCCCUAUUUUAGGAUCCACUUUGCUCCUUUAUGUCCCAAUUUUUGGGGAUACUAAGAAGCUGCCCUCUGAAAGCACAGCGUGAGUGCCUCAUUAGACAUAGUCACACUAUGCUUAGGGAAUUGGAAUAAUGCAUAAAGUGCUAAAACAGAGAAGAUCAUGGUUGUGAAGCCUGGCUGGCCCCUGACUGCUUGGGCCCUCUGUCCCUGACCGAUCUGCCCAAGUGGUCAGUCCAUCCCUGUCAAAAACACUUUGUUUUAUCUAUCACUAUACACUGAUCAGUCACACCAUUAUUACCACUGACAGAUGAAGUGAAUAGCAUUGAUUAUAUCAUUACAAUGACACCUGUGAAGUGUGAAGGGAUAAGAUAUAUAUCAGGCAGAAAGUGAACAGUCAGUUCUUGAAUUUCUUGUGUUGAAAGCAGGAAAAAUGGGCAAGUGAAAAGAUCUGGGUGACUUUAACAAGAGCCAAAUAGUGAUGGCUAGAUUACUGGGUCAGAUCAUCUCCAAAACAAGUCUUGUGGGGUGUUUCCAAGAUGCAGUGGUUAGUACCUACCAAAAGCGAAGAAGGACAACCGGUGAACUGGCUCAUGGGCACAAGUCUCAUUGAUGCACGUGGGCAGCAAAGAUUAGCCGAUCUAGUCUGAUCCACAGAAGAGCUACUGUAGCUCAUAAUGCUGAAUAACUCAAUGCACUCCAUGAUGGAAAGGUGUCAGAACACUCAGUGGAUCGCAGCUUGCUGCAUUUGGAGCUCUGUAGCUGCACACUGGUGAAAGUGCCCAUAAUGACCCCUGUUUACUACCUAAAGCACCUUCAAUGGGGAAGUGAGCGGCUGAACUGGACCGUGGGACAAUGAAAGAAGGUUUUUUUAAUUGUGUAUUUUAUAUAAUUAAAGAUUUUUUGGUUACUAUCUGUGCCAACUAUCUUUCUAUAUAUUUUUUACUUCUACCUGGCAUCUUAUCAAUUUUAUGACGUACUUACAAGCUUAUCCUAGGUGGGGAUUAUACCACCAACACUGUUACCAUAGUGCAGUCGGCCUGCACUACACUUGAAAGUACAUUUUUAUUCUUUUAACAAAACGUUUAUACCUUGUUCAACAGUGAGCACUAUUAGCUGUUUUUAUAUAUCCCUUUCCUGAGAGCUGGACAUCCUUCCCUCCAGAGGACAAUCAUCCAUAUAUUCCACAAGCAGAGAUCAUACCUCUGUAUGCCCGUUUUACCUGAGCUGGCCAUAGCUCAUUUAAAUGUGAGUGGAAUAUAUAUAUCUUUUUCUCACAUAUAUUGACCCCUAUACUUUAUACGAUUGGUCUCUUAUUUUAUGUCUUUCAUAUAACGAGAGAAAUUGGACUACUUUAAACAGAGAGGAGACCCCUUCAUCAAAAGCAUCUUAAAAAACAUUUAUUGCCAUAGUGCAACCUCUUUGGACUAUUUUAUAUAUUUUAUAUAUAACACCAACUAUCUUGUCUCAUUUAUAUGAUUUUUACUGUUUAUAGUCCACAGUGAUUUAUUUUGGCGCAGCCUUGCAUUACUAUUGUUGUUGUUCUCCAUUCCUAUUAUAGAGGGUCAGAGGGUUACCCUCUGCUGGGCCGCUGCCCAUCCACUUUCUUAUUAUUAGUGCUAACCUCCUUUAUCUUUUUACAAUGAAAGAAGGUUGCCUGGUCUGAUGAGUCAAGUUUUUUUAAGAUCAGGUGGGUGGUCGGGUGCGUGUGCAUUGUUCACCUGGGGUAAGAGAUAGCAGCAGUUCAGCAAUUGUUCAGGAAUGAUUUGAGGAACAUGACAAAGAGUUAAGUGUGUUGCCUUUGGCUUCCAAAUUUCCUAGAUCUCAAUUUGAUUGAGCAUAUGUGGGAUGUGCUGGAACAACAAAUCCGGUCCUCACCUCGCAAGUUGCAGUUGUUAAAGUAUCUGCUGUUAAUGUCUUGGUGCCAGAUAUCACAGGACACAUUUAGAAGUCUUUUGGCAUCCAUAUCUCGAUGAAUCAGAGCUGUUUUAGCAGUACAAGGGGGACUUACUCGAUAUUAAGCAGGUGAUUUCAGUGUAUAUUCUACUGUAGUAAUGUGGAAUCAGGCUAUUAACUAAGUGAGAAAUUAAUUCAAAGGGAGUUAGAAAGUAGGAGCAUAGCAGAUUUGGAGAUUUUUUCUAAUUUAGCGAUUUUUGGCAUUAAAUUUGAAAUUCACUUUGUGCUUCUGACAAUUCUCACUUUCGUGAAUAAACCUGACAGUAAUGAAUGUUUUUUUUUUUUCCUGAAUGAUGUAGUUGAUGCUAACUCCUUCAUAUUUUAUAUUAAAGGACCACUAUAGUGCCAGGAAAACAAACUCAUUUUCCUGGCACUAUAGUGCCCUGAGGGUGCCCCCACCCUCAGGGACCCCCUCCCGCCGGGCUCUGGGGAGAGGAAGGGGUUAAACUUACCUCUUUCUCCAGCGCCGGGCGGAGAGCUCUCCUCCUCCUCUCCUCCCUCUUCUCCUCCUCUUCGGCUGAAUGCGCAUGCGCGGCAGGAGCUGCGUGCGCGUUCAGCCACUCCAUAGGAAAGCAUUCACAAUGCUUUCCUAUGGACGCUGGCGUCUUUUCACUGUGAAUUCAAAGUGAGAAGCACACAAGCGCCUCUAGCGGCUCCCACUGGAGGCUGGAUUAACCCUAACAUAAACAUAGCAGUUUCUUUGAAACUGCUAUGUUUAUUAAAAAAAAGGGUUAACCCUAGCUGCACCUGGCACCCUGACCACUUCAUUAAGCUGAAGUGGUCUGGGUGCCUAUAGUGGUCCCUUAAUGUAUCAUAAUACAUGUAUCUCCUGACUGGUGAUGUUCAUCAGCAAUUAAUAGUGAAAAGCGUUGUAUAUCACAGAUAAGAAUAUGAAAUCAACUGUUUUGAUUGGAGAAUCUGCAAAAGGAACUGUUGCAGCGAAACCUCUGAGUCACAGAAGACCUGGAGUCUAUAGUUUUUCACCACAAACACAAUUUUUCCUUGAAAGUCUGUUAGAUGUAGUUUGGGAAGUUCAGCUGUCCGAUUUAUACCUUAAUAGCACUUACAUAUUAUUACAGGCAGUGGGUAAAGGGAUAUGAAUUGAACACAACAAUACAAAUCCAGCAUUCUUAAUAAGAGUGUAGUUUACGAUAAUUCAGCAGUGGUUAGAGACCCCAAAAUAGUGCACAUGGGGCCCUCCACCACCUUGUUACAUUACUCACUUUGACAAUAUAAGGUUUAAAUGUUGACAGAGUGUUGCAAACAUUUGAUUUACUCAUGUAUGUAUGCUACCGAUGUCUCCAAUACUUCUCUAGAAGAAGCAUUGGAUUGGACAAAAGUAAUCAUAAAUGAUAACCUAGAUAAGUUAAAUGUAAUACUCAUAGUGAUUUUAUUUUUUUUAUAUUUUUAAGAAUAUGGGGGUGGCAGUAGUACAAACACACCAAGGAAUUCUCUAACACAGAAAGACCACUAAAGUCAUCCAGGCCACUUCAUCCUAUGAGGAAACUGCAUUGUUUACACUGCAGGAUUAAAUUCCACUUCACGCGGUGCCAUACUUACAGCCAUUAGAGGUGCUUCCACAGCACUGACCGAGUAAAACUUGGUAGCCCACGCAGGAAAGCAGUGAUUUAAUGCUUUCCUAUUGGGAAACUUGGAUCUGCCCGAGGAGCUCACCGUGCAUGCUCAUCAGGUCCCCAGUGCUCCUAUAUAAGGAACAUUUGAUUAGACCAACUGUGAAGGUAUCAUGACUCCGCCAAGAUGUCGUGGGAGGUGGAGAGUCUCGGCAAUAGAAAAAGGUAAGUAAACAAAUGUAUUGAUUCAUUUUUAUCACACACACAUGGAGGAACAUAUAUCUAACAAGGUACAGUUACACUAAAGCAUUUAGUAUUCCUUUUAAAAGAAAUGUAUUUCUUUAAUCUUAUCAUGUUCCUUUAAGGAGCAUUUAAAAUGGUUUUCAAAAUAUGUAAUGAUUACCUAUUCUAGGAUCUUAUUUUGCAAUCUCCUUGUUAUUCAAAAUGGUUAUAUAAAAAAAUAAUUUGGGUCACUUCAUUUGGAAUUGUCGUUAUUUUCUUUCUCCUGCAGAUGGUUCUGGGUUUACUGAUGACAAAUUUACAGAAAUGCAUGUUCUGGGUUUCCUGAUGACAAACUUACAGAAAUGCAUGUAUUAUUUUAAUCAAGCCACAUCCAACAGACCUUUUGUUUUUUAGGUUGCUAUUCAUAAAUUUGCUGCUGAUUACUAUGAUUGUUAGAAGAACUUUCAUAAUUCAUCAUAUUGUAAUUUUAGCAUCUGAGUUUUCUUCCAUAUUAAACUUUUUUUCUCAUAUCUAUCUAUUUGAUCCCUGUUUUUUAGGAGAAAGAUAACUGGUAUCGCAUUGCUCGGACAGUGGACCGCUUGUGCCUUUUCGUUGUGACGCCAGUAAUGACCAUUGGGACUCUUUGGAUAUUUUUGGGAGGAGCGUAUAACAAGCCACCUCAAUAUCCAUUCCCUGGUGACCACUUUGAUUAUACUUUUGAGAACCGUAGAUUAAUAUAGAAUUAAGGGGCAGAUAAUGUGAGUAUGGAGCUCAGUGUCAGUUUACACAGUCUGCAAUAUGGACAGUGAUUAUGGACAGUGUCGGCAACGAGAUAAUGCACCCAAGUGAUAAUGGGAUUUACCAGUCUCUGGUUUUACUUUUUGUUUUGCCAGAAUAUAGUGUUUCUUCCAAAAAUAAAUUGUUGUACAUUGAAAUGGUUAAGCAUUUUCUAAACAAUAAAAUUGUAUUAAUAAGCAUCUAAGGCCCCAAAAUAGUUAACACAAAUAGAAAGAAAUAUCAAAUACAUCCCAAAUAGGCAGUGUCUUGGACUCCUGACACAAAUUCUGGUCUUUGGUUUGGUUGGAAUUCCAUCUGCUAUAACAAAUCAACGUAAUGCUCGGGGACAAAAUAGCUAGUAUAAAAUAAAUAAAUAUUAUAUAUUAUAUCCUUCUAAACUAUGUUUAAUAUUAUUAAAAAGUAUUUAAAAGAAAAUAAAGAAAUAACAGAAUAUUGUACUGUAACUGUAUAUGAUGCUUUGGUACAAACCACAAAACUUACAAAGCUGUAAAGUCUCAUAAUUCUCUUUGUGUACAUCUGUCUACCACCAAGUACUCCUUUGUCGGGCUGUCUGUCUGUCAUAAAUCUCACCUUACCUGAAGGGAUUAUGCAGCAGACUGGCAGUGAGACUUAUUCUACGAAUCACAUUUGGCUAAUGACAAUUAUUCUUCUCUCAAUUUCUGUUUACUUUUCAUCUUGUAACUUGAUCGCUGUCUUUCCUAGAAGCCACAGGCACUAAGCACUGUGGCAUAUAUGUGUGGUGGAAAUGAAGGAAUUCAUCUGCCUUGUUUGGGAUUGGAAUGUAGGGAAGUUUACAUUUGUGGCAGGCAGUCAGACAGGUAUCUGGACAGAAUUGAUGACACUACUGUUGCUGGGGACUGAAGUUGGCCUGGGAUUGGUUGGAGGUCACAAGCAUAAAAAGAGCGGGAAACUGGGACAGUAGAAAAAGCAGCAGUGCGAGAGCAAUCCUUUCAGAGUAUACUGAAGCAGGAGCAGUGCUGACCGACCCAGCUCUCUCUUCCUUUAAUUUUAUUUCAUUAUAUUUUCAUGGUGUUUUGAAACAUUAGGGAAAAGUCGUUCUCAGGAUCAAGUUCUGAGGAAGGACAUGGUGGUAAAUGGUUUUAAAUAAAAGGCGGUCAGGUUAUUUAAGUCUAACCUUAAUAAAGUUAAAUGUUUUGGUUAUGGUUAUAAAAUGAUGAUUGUAAGCUCCUUAGGCUUUAAAUAAACACCACGGCUAAGCCCAUUGAAAAGUAUUGAAAAGUAAAUAAACAUUGUCUGUGUUUCUUGUAUGGCUUCAUUUUAUUUGUACAAAUAAUGCCUACCAUACAAAUCACCCUUUAUAUGUCUUGCAACCUUACUCAGAAGUGGUAAGAAUUGUACCAGUCAGUUUACAUAUUUACAGUGUGUACAGUUUGUUGAAAGGUUACAAAAACCAUUUACCGUAUAUACUUGAGUAUAAGUUGACCCGAAUAUAAGUCGAGACUCCUACUUUUACCCCAAAAAACUGGGAAAACUUAUUGACUCGAGUAUAAGACUAGGGUGGAAAAUGCAGCAGCUACUGGUAAAUUUCUAAAUAAAAUUAGAUCCCCCAAAAAUUAUAUUAAUUGAAUAUUUAUUUACAGUGUGUGUAUAUAAUGAAUGCAGUGUGUGUUUGUAUGAAUGCAGUGUGUGUGUGUAUGCAGGGGCGUAUUAGCUGCGAGGCAAACAAGGCAUUUGCCUUGGGCAGCAUUUUUCAGGGGGCAGCAAAAAACGCCGCUCCCCAAAUGCCCAGGGCAAAUGCCUAAUUAGCCUUGCGGCUAACUGACAUCCCGAGGGGGCGGGCGGCUCUGGCUGCUGUGCGGGCGGCUGGCGAGGGAGCACUUCCUCUGAGCUGACUGCUCAGCUCCCUCGGCUCCCAGCCUCACUCUGCGGCGCGCGAGGGAGCUGAGCAGUCAGCUCAGAGAAACUGCUCCCUCGUCAGCCGCCCGCACAGCAGCCAGAGCCGCCCAGCCCGACUGGCAGCCACUGGACCACCAGGCAGAGAGAACCCCCCCCCCCCACAGCACUCCCAAAGGUAAGGAGGUUGGGGGGGAUUUAAAUUUUAAAAAAAAGUUAGUGUGUGUGUGUUUGUGUCUGACUGUGUGUGUGUGUUUGUGUCUGACUGUGUGUGUGUCUGACUGUGUGUGUGUGUGUGUGUUUGUGUCUGACUGUGUGUGUGUUUGUGUCUGACUGUGUGUGUGUCUGACUGUGUGUGUUUGUGUGGUUGUGUCUGACUGUGUGUGUGUGUGUCUGUGUGUUUGUGUCUGACUAUGUGUGUGUUUGUGUCUGACUGUGUGUGUGUUUGUGUCUGACUGUGUGUGUGUGACUGUGUAUGUGUGUGUGUGUUUGUGUCUGACUGUGUGUUUGUUUCUGACUGUGUGUGUGUGUUUGUGUCUGACAGCGUGUGUGUGUUUGUGUGUGUUUCGUGUCUGACUGUGUUUCUGGUCUGUGUCUGACUGUGUGUGUGUUUGUUUCUGACUGUGUGUGUGUGUAUUUAGAAGGUGGGGCGGGGGGAAGGGUUGGGUGGGGGUGGCGCGGGGGGAAGGGUUGGGUGGGGGUGGCGUGGGGGGAGGGGGACGCCUGAGUUUUGUCCUGCCUAGGGCAGCACAAAACCAGGAUACACCACUGUGUGUAUGAAUGCAGUGUGUGUAUGAAUGCAGUGUGUGUAUGAAUGCAGUGUGUGUGUAUGAAUGCAGUGUAUGUGAAUGCAGUGUGUGUAUGAAAGCAGUGUGUGUGUAUGAAUGCAGUGUGUGUAUGAAUGCAGUGUGUGUGUGUGUGUAUGAAUGCAGUGUGUGUGUAUGAAUGCAGUGUGUCUAUGUGAUGCAGAGCCUUGGUGGGGGGUGAGCAUUUUUAUUAUUAUUUGUAAUUAUUAUUAUUAUUAUUAUUUUUUUAUAUUAUUAAUAUUUUUAUUUUAUUAUUAUUUAAAUUUGUAUUUAUUUAUUUUCGUCCGCCCUCCCUGCUUGUUAGCUGGCCAGGGAGGGGGGCUCUCAUUCCCUGGUGGUUCAGUGGUAUGGGCUGUGUAGGAGGGGGGCUGGCAGAGAGCUGUAACUUACCUUUCCUGCAGCUCCUGUCAGCUCCCUUCUCCUCCGGUCCUGUCAGCUCCCCUGUCAGCUCCACUGUAAGUCUCGCGGUCUGAGUGCCGCGCGGAGUGUUGCCACGGCAACUCUCUGACCCCGCGGCUCUCGCGAGACUUACAGUGGAGGAGAAGGGAGCUGACAGGACCGGAGGAGAAGGGAGCUGACAGGACUGGAGGUGAAGGGAACUGACAGGAGCUGCAGGAAAGGUAAGUUACAGCUCUCUGCCAGCCCCCAACAGGACCGCCGGGCUUGUAAUGAGCCCGGUGGUCCUGGUCUGUAUUAUGGCAAUGUAAGUUGCCAUAAUACAGACAUUGACUCGAGUAUAAGUCGAGUGGGGGUUUUUCAGCACAAAUAAUGUGCUGAAAAACUCGACUUAUACUCGAGUAUAUACGGUACUACAAAAAUAUACUAAAUCAUGCAUGUUUUCAGUACUGUUUGCCUAAAACUGCAAUUACAGAAAAAAAGGUAAUUGUCCAAGAUACACAGAAAAAAACAGAUAAACUUAAUUUCCACUUUCAGAGCCCUUCAAUCUACCAGUUCACAGAAAAAAGCAGAGAUGUCAUUUUCACUACCCAUCUACAGGUACAUCCCGGUUCCCUGUUAUUUUACAGCAUGCUUUUCCAGCUGUUUGAGAUCUCACUAAGUUACCUUCUCUUUCCCUUUACAUGUUGCAAUUGACUGCAAUUAUCCUUUAAUUGUCUCUGGCCAUCACCUCCAAAUUUCCCUUUUUGUGCCAACUCCCCAUUAUAACCUCACAGUCAGGGGUGCAUUUCCCAUCGGGCAGAGUAGGGACCUAUAUGAAUGCAUUUGUCAAACAUGAAUAUGUUUCAUAGAUGGUUCUAGACCUGCAAUGUCAAGUUAAAAAAUUAACUAUACUUUAUCUGCCGUAUUUUGGGGUUGGAGAGAAAGGGGUGCCUUAGAAUUGUGUACCUAGAGGCGUCUGACAUGCAAAUACAGCCCUGCUAUGAGCUAUCUAGAUAUAUACUUUGUAUAAAGAGAGAAAGAUAUGUGUUUGGUGGUCUCUAUCUGUAAAUGAGCAACAAUCCACCUACAAGGAAUCCCCACAACCUAAUGAAAAGCAAACAGAGAAAAACAGUGCUGGUGGUGGACUACGCUGAAGUUAUCCAAAAAGUAAUGAAGAAAGUACAUAAUUACAUACAGUUGAUAGAAGAAAAUUCUGUACAAUAUGUCUAAAGAAAAAUAACAGAAAACAAAAUAGUGCAAUACAGUUGGAUAACAUUUACAGAUAAUAUUAGCAAUGCCAAUGGAACACUCACUUUCUAGAGCUAAUAUAGCUCUUUUUCUGUAGGCGUAGAUGGUAUAUUCUCUGUCCAUGGAUACAAUGGUGAGAUCCAGGAGUCUUUGUCCAAGUAA